AUGUGCAUCUGCGGAAAUAUCGCGGAAGACAAUGCCAGAUUUAUUCUUCUUGCAUUUGUUCUUGGUGUUUACAUGCUCGCUGGGGCUGCCUUGUUCCAAGCCUUAGAAGCUGACCUCGAGAUCCGACAGUCCAUAUUAUGUUUUACAGGAUACGGAAGUACUGCUCCUCAAACAGCUGCAGGAAGAGCAGCUGUAAUUUUUUAUGGAUUUUUUGGUUGUUCAGGUGGAAUUUUAUUUUUCAACCUCUUUCUUGAGCGGAUAAUCACCUUUCUGGCUUGGAUUUUAAGAAGUCUUCACUUACGUCGUCUAAAGAAACGAUUAAGACAAACGACCCUGGCUUCUCGACGAUCUAGAAGAGGUUCUAGUAGAGAAGGAAGAGGAUCCCUGCCAGACAUCCUCGAUGAUGACGAGGACAUGGGGCUUGAGCACUGGAAGCCGAGUGUUUAUUGGGUCAUGCUUUAUCUAUCAUUGGCCGCCUGUGUGAUCUCUUGUAGUGCUGCUGCUCUUUAUGCUCCGUUUGAAGGAUGGAGUUAUUUCGAAGCUAUUUACUUCUGUUUUGUUAGUUUUGCCACCAUCGGCUUCGGGGACUAUGUCAGCACCCAACAGUCCGACUAUCCAUAUCUCCACUUGUACAGAAUCGCCAACUUCUUCUUCCUAGUCCUAGGUUGUUGCUGCAUCUAUUCUCUUUUAAACGUAACAUCCAUCGUAAUAAAGCAGGGUCUAAACCUGAUGAUACAAAAGUUACGCUGCGGAUCUCGGGGAAUGGCAGCUCCCCAUUUGCCUAGGAGAAAAUCCUCAGUCUCGGCAAUGUACUACCCGAAAAGAAGAUUAACCAGAGUAACUGCCAGAGACUCUAUCAGGACUGAUGAUGGUUCCAACGACACUCCAAGACGAAUGUCCGGCGAGUUGAUCUCCAUGAAAGACUUCCUCUCUGCCAACAAAGUAUCUUUGGCAAUAAUGCAGAAACAACUUUACGAAACUGCCCAAAUGAGUAGAAAUGGAGAUAUUUCGACAGUCCCGACACAUCAACCAAUCUUCAAACCAGCAGCGGUUGGUCCUCUCGCAAUUGCCACUGAAAAGUUCGAAGAUAAUUCGACUGUCCGGUAG